UCCCACACACACACACACACACACACACACACACAGCAGCAGCAAUGGCGGACUACGAUAGCUACGAUGAUCGGGAUCGGGCCUACAGCAGCUUCGGCAGCAGCAGAGGGCGCGGUGGCGGCGGAGGUGGCCCCGGAGGUGGCAGAAGGCUGAAGGAGCUUCCGACAGAGUCGCCGUUCACCGCCUACGUAGGCAACCUGCCCGCCCACACGGUCCAGGGCGACAUUGACAAUAUCUUCAAGGACCUCAAAAUCCGCAGUGUGCGCCUCGUGCGUGACAAAGAGACUGACAGGUUCAAAGGUUUCUGUUAUGUGGAGUUUGAGGACCUCGACUCUCUUAAAGAGGCAUUGGCGUACGAUGGUGCUGAGUUGGAGAAUAAAUUUCUUCGGGUGGACAUCGCAGAAGGACGGCGACAAGCACGAGGAGGAAGUGGCUUCGGCUUCCCCAAAGACGAUGGUCGAGGCCGAGGAAGUCAUCGAGGCGGUCCCCGAGGAGGGCGCGACUCCCGAGAGGAUUUCUUCGAUCAGCCGGGUGGAGGCUACAGAGAGGACGACUACAUGGGAGGGCGGAGUCGUGGAGGCGGUGGCGGUCGUCCCGGUGACAGAAGGGGAGGAGGCGCAGGGGGAAGCUCAAUGGGUCGCUUUAGGGACGGUCCGCCUCGCGGAGGAAUGACAGAUUUCAGGGAACCAUCUGAAGAAGAGCGGGCACAGCGGCCUCGCCUGCGGCUGAAGCCUCGGACCGUCUCUGAGCCACUCAACCAGGUCGCCAACCCCAACUCCGCCAUCUUUGGCGGAGCCAAGCCGCGAGAGGAGCGGUGACUCGUUUACGGCAGGCGAGCAGACGGCGGAAGAGCAGAAAGCGUUCGUUGUUUCAGUGUGGACCACGAGGACGAAAGACGAGUCCAAAUUAUUAUUGUGACCUUUUAGAGGAAACAAACGAUCACUUUUUUUUUUUUUAACUUUCUUUCCGCCUUUGAGCCUAACAGUCGGGACUUGGUCCUGGUCCAGACCUGGCCCUGUAUCUAUAUGGUCUUUCGGACCUGGUCUGGGUCUGUCAACGUUCUGAUUCUUGUGUCAUGUGUUGCAGAAACUUUCUUACUGUACAAAAGAAAUAAAACAGCUGUUUUAAAUAUUUUCUUUUUUCUUUGUGACAAGUAUGGCAAUAAAACGGAAUCAUCGCACAUCAAACGCUUCUGAUGGUUCGGUCGUUUGUUGUGCUUUGCUUGACACCAGGAA